GAUGACCUUGCAGGCAUGGUUUCAGGAGGCUGUAGAGAUGGAGAAGACAAAGGGAAAAGCCUCCCUCCCUGCCGACUCGCCCGUCGACUACUAGCACCGCAUCAUGGCCCUCUGCAAGAAGAACAUGAGCGGAGGUCACUGCUUACCUGGAUUGUUUUUAGUUCUCCCUGGCGCUUUUCUGACAACACGUACCUGUAAAGUUAUUGAAGAGGCGUACAGGAUCCUGUCUGACGCUGAGAGCAAAGACCUUGCUCUCCACUCUGCUGCCUACAACAGCCUUAUCAAGUCUCUGCUGGCCGAAGGCAACCUGGAGGAUGCCAUGAAGGUUAAAGACAUAGCCAGGAGCCGAAUCUCAGGCUUCACUCUGAGCGACACGGCCAGCAGCCUCCUCCUCAUCACCCAAGUGAGGCGGGACAAUCUGAAAGUUAUGUCUGGCUGUGUGCCCUCAGCGUCACAUUACUGCCUCUCCGGAUUCUCUCACUGCUGUGCCAUUCGCAUCCUCCUAUAAAGGAGUCCAUUUAGCAAAUUGCCUGCUUAUCAAGAGCCUUUGUGGGAGCUGAGACAUGAAAUUACUGUACAUGCAUUUAUAAUACUGGCUUCAAUAGGAAUGUGCAUGAAAUGACUGUACAUGCAUUUAUAAUACUGGCUUCAAUAGGAAUGUGCAUGAAAUGACUGUACAUGCAUUUAUAAUACUGGCUUCAGUAGGAAUGUGCAUGAAAUGACUGUACAUGCAUUUAUUAUAUUGGCUUCAGUAGGAAUGUGCAUGAAAUGACUAUACAUGCAUUUAUUAUAUUGGCUUCAGUAGGAAUGUGCAUGAAAUGACUGUACAUGCAUUUAUUAUAUUGGCUUCAGUAGGAAUGUGCAUGAAAUGACUAUACAUGCAUUUAUUAUAUUGGCUUCAGUAGGAAUGUGCAUGAAAUGACUGUAUAUGCAUUUAUUAUACUGGCUUCAAUAGGAAUGUGCAUGAAAUGACUGUACAUGCAUUUAUAAUACUGGCUUCAAUAGGAAUGUGCAUGAAAUGACUGUACAUGCAUUUAUUAUACUGGCUUCAAUAGGAAUGUGCAUGAAAUGACUGUACAUGCAUUUAUUAUACUGGCUUCAAUAGGAAUGUGCAUGAAAUGACUGUACAUGCAUUUAUUAUACUGGCUUCAAUAGGAAUGUGCAUGAAAUGACUACAUGCAUUUAUUAUACUGGCUUCAAUAGGAAUGUGCAUGAAAUGACUACAUGCAUUUAUUAUACUGGCUUCAAUAGGAAUGUGCAUGAAAUGACUGUACAUGCAUUUAUUAUACUGGCUUCAAUAGGAAUGUGCAUGAAAUGACUGUACAUGCAUUUAUUAUACUGGCUUCAAUAGGAAUGUGCAUGAAAUGACUGUACAUAAGAACAUAAGAACAUAAGAAAGUUUACAAACGAGAGGAGGCCAUUCGGCCCA